UCGGUUUGAAGACGGCAAUGUUAGUUAUAUUUCUAGUAAUUAGUGAUAGUGAAUUAUUGUGCUCAGCGGAAACUGAAGCAGAACAAAUACAAAUCCUGCAUGAUGUGAGAAACGGAAGCACAAAAGUUUUAUCAAGAACAAAGCGCUUCUUGCAGUUCCCGGAAGGCAGCUCAUUUCAACUUGUACAGGAUCAAGCGCUACCAAUCAUUGGAUUCAAUAGAUUGUUCACGGUUGGUGUCACGGUGGCCUUGGCCUAUGAGCUGCCUAGCAUUUCCAUAUUUGACAUAGAACAAUUGUUGCGAGAACCCAACUCAGAUGCGAUUCCCUCGCGACGGAAGGAUGAGAACAUCAACAGUAACACCGUGGAAACGAGCACCAGUCAAUAUGAACAAGUCAAUAGACACUCCUAUUAUUAUAGUAAUUCCUACGGUCCUAAUAAUUACCUGCAGCCCAGUUUGCUAAACCACGGAAGCAAUUCGAAUCAAUUGAAUCACUAUAAUUACCCCGCCAAUUAUAAAACCGGCGGUAAUUAUGGCAACUAUUACAAUUGGCAACAAACGCACAGACCAGCCUUUUCAAUGAAGGAUCUUCCACCAAUCUUCUUAUCGCCAUUAAAUUCUUCCGCGAACGAUUGGAACAGUAUUGUUAACAGAUAUAUCUCAACGUGGAUUCAAAAUCAUCCACCGAACUAUCAGCAGAGCAAACGACCCUUCUUUCCGGUGUUUGGAAAGCGAAGCAUUGACGAGAAAACAAAUCACAAAGACAAAUUCUUUCUCGACCACCAUCGAUCGACUCGUCAUCAACUUUACUCGAAAAUUGAAAAAUUUCUCGACACGAAAGGAAACCAUGGCCAGCAUUGUGUGCUUCGAGCUCUUUGUGAGAGUGGGCAACGUAGGAACACCGGAAAACCAGAUACAUAUUUGAAGGAAAUUUUAAAAGCCAUUUUUAGUUUGCCGAAAACACAUCAGGCGUCUUCCCACGAGAAGCAUCGCAUGUAUGAUGAAGCACACAGCCAUGAAGGGGACUGUGCAGAAAAGUUUCAUUUCUGCCAAGACAGCAUAUGGUCGGAAACGUUCAGAUACUAAACAACACAUAUAACUAAAAUUCAAAGAAA